GGCGGCGGCAGCGCAGUGCGAGUGUGUCCGUGUGUCCGCCCGUCCGUCCGUCCGUCCGCGGCCGGCGCUCCGCGCGGCGCUGCGCGGGUGGGCGCGGAGCAGCUCGGACGGGGGACGGGGGGGGGGGCCGGCGGCGGCGGCGGCGGGGCGAGAUGAGCGCUGGGCUCCCCCUGGGCACAGAGCCGCCCUGUGAAUGAGCUGAGGCGAGGCCGCCAGCCGGGUGUCCCCCUCCUUCUCCUCCUCCUCCUCCUCCUCCUCGUCCCCCCCUCUCUCCUUCCCCUUCUCCCCCGCGCACCGCCGGGAGCGCGGCCCUGCCCGCACAGCCGGCGCCGACGCCGCGGCCGGGGGGAACUGAAGGAAGGUCACCAUGGGAGCAUUUUUAGACAAGCCAAAGAUGGAGAAGCAUAACGCCCAGGGGCAGGGGAAUGGGCUGCGUUACGGUCUGAGCAGUAUGCAGGGCUGGCGCGUGGAAAUGGAGGAUGCACACACGGCUGUGAUCGGUUUGCCAAAUGGACUUGAUGGAUGGUCGUUUUUUGCUGUCUAUGAUGGGCACGCUGGAUCCCAGGUUGCCAAGUACUGCUGUGAGCAUUUAUUAGAUCACAUCACGAGCAACCAGGAUUUUAAAGGGCCAGAUGGGCCACCAUCUGUGGAAAGUGUAAAGAGCGGCAUCAGAACAGGUUUUCUGCAAAUUGAUGAACACAUGAGAGUCAUCUCCGAGAAGAAGCAUGGCGCAGACAGAAGUGGGUCAACAGCUGUGGGUGUCAUGAUUUCUCCCCAACACACAUACUUCAUCAACUGUGGAGACUCGAGAGGUUUGCUCUGUCGAAACAGGAAGGUUCACUUCUUCACACAGGAUCACAAACCAAGUAACCCGCUGGAGAAGGAGCGUAUACAGAAUGCAGGUGGCUCCGUAAUGAUUCAGCGUGUGAAUGGCUCCCUUGCUGUUUCAAGGGCACUUGGGGACUUUGAUUACAAAUGUGUCCAUGGGAAAGGUCCUACAGAACAGCUGGUCUCACCCGAGCCUGAAGUUUAUGAAAUUGAGAGAUCAGAAGAAGAUGAUCAGUUCAUCAUCCUGGCUUGCGAUGGUAUCUGGGAUGUUAUGGGAAAUGAAGAGCUGUGUGACUUUGUAAGAUCCAGACUUGAAGUCACUGAUGACCUUGAGAAAGUUUGCAAUGAGAUAGUUGACACCUGCUUGUACAAGGGAAGUCGAGACAACAUGAGUGUGAUAUUGAUCUGUUUUCCGAAUGCACCAAAGGUAUCACCAGAGGCGGUGAAAAGAGAGGCAGAGUUGGACAAGUACCUGGAAAGCAGAGUAGAAGAGAUCAUAAAGAAGCAGGGUGAAGGAGUGCCAGACUUAGUCCACGUGAUGCGUACGUUAGCAACUGAGAGCAUCCCAAACCUCCCGCCGGGGGGGGAGUUGGCAAGCAAACGGAGUGUGAUUGAAGCUGUGUAUAACAGACUGAACCCCUACAGGAAUGAUGAUGCUGAUUCUGCCUCAACUGAUGAUAUGUGGUAAAACUGCUCAUCUAGCUGUGGAGUUCACGUUUCAUCCUGCAAAUGAAAGUGCAGCCCAACCUCAGUGACCCUUCUUAACAUCCAUCCUCAACCUUAAUUAAAGAAGGGAAUAUGAUGUGUUGGUGAGAGUGACUACAGCAGUACAACAUCUAGCCCAGGAACUGAUCUUUUUUGUAAAACAGACUUCUGUAAACGUGAUUUCAAACCAUAAAUUCAUGUUGUAAAUCAGACUCCAGCAAUUUAUGUUGUAUGAUUUUGUUUUUGUAAAGUGCAAUUGUCUUUGUACAAAUGCUCAUAUUUAAUUAUGAACCGCUUUAAAUCACUAUAAAGGUUAGAAGAAAUGUUUUGGCUUGUGUGAUGCAACAAUAUAUAUCCCUUUUAAAAAUCAUGUUGUGGUUUUGGAUUGCAAGGAGCAGCAGCCUAGCCAGCUAGGUGCUCAAGAGGUGCACAAAACUGUUAAAGAUAACUUUUUGGUUUAUAUGAAAGCUGAACUCAUGGGCAACCUACCAGAAAUUACAGUGUGUGAAUUUCGCUUGGCAAUGGAAAAAUAACUUAGGAGUAGUGCACAUUCUUCAACAAACAUAUAUCAUUUUCUUGGAUGCACUCCUGCUCUCACGUUGAGUCGAAGGGAUCUGUGAUUUUGAGUUCAGUGGGAGUGAAAUCAUGCCCUGUUAACAGUAUCCUGUUCAUACAUGUAUCAGUCUUGGCAUUAGAACUCCUUGGUUCUUUGCACCUCUUUUUUCAUUAACCCUUACCUGAAACUACUAAUCACUGAGCACGAAGACAACUUUCUACAUAAAGUAGGAGUCUGCAGCAUUUUUACAAUCCUGAUUGGCUGGGUCUGCUGCUGUUCCAAGAAAAAUACUCUGAAUUCCAUUUUAUCAAUAAAGCUUGAUUUAACAAACAAGACAUUUACCCAUAAAUGUGUAAUUCCUUCUUUUCCUGCCUUUUAAAAUGUCAGUGCCAUUGUAAAUGAUAUUUUACUUGUGGAAGAAUAUUUUUCUUAAUUGGUAACCCAUUUUUAAAAUGGGAAGGAUUUUGAUUAUUGCCCAAGACAUAGCCAUAUGCUAGAGGAUGAUGUGGAUUAAUCCGUUACCCUAUUUUUUACAACUGUGGGGUUUUUUCAGGCUUUUUGGUGUUGGUUUUUUUUCCCCUCCUUACUGAAGAUGUGCAUUGGUUUGAAUUUGCCUACUGUUUGAUAAAAAAUACAUUUGUCAAAGCCUGACAAUCUUUAACAUUUUAUGGUGUGUGUUUUUAAUUGACCCACUUACUUAGAAUGAGAGACUAGUGGUUAAACAGUACUUGUGAUUUGAGGUAUAGCAUGUUGACAAUAUUUAACUGUUUGUUGUUUAAAAUUCUAAUUUAAAAUUUUAUAAGAUAAUAAACUAAUUUGAUUUAAGCUUAGCUUUCUCCCAUUGAGCAUACGAAAAUUAAGUUUUCAAGUCAGUCGUGUUUGCAAAACUGCUGUUUUGUGCACCUUGUAUUGUCUUUUUGGUUGAGAAUAUUGUAUUUAAUAUGUAGUUUACUCAUUUAGUAGGCAGAUUCCUCAAAAGGAAAAUCAGUAAAACAAGUAGAUUGUAACAUUUACUGCAGUUAAACAGAAUCAGAACUUGGUGUAUAAUUACUUUUUGAUAGGAAAAUGUAGUACAAUGCAUUUUGCUAUAUUUGUCUUUCCCUAACUUUGACAUAUACAUAUUUGUAUAUAUAGCCUUAAAACUAAUGAAGAGUUAGGGAACACUGAACAGUGAAAAAGUAACUUAUAGUGUCUUGGAACUAAGUAUAGUAUAUACCAGCAAACUUUUCUUUUAUCCCUCUUGUCUAUGUGGGGUGCUUAAACGUAACUUCAUUGUAUUCAGUUUGUAAUCUGUUCAAGCAUGAAUGAAGAAAACAUAAGCACUAUUUGUAUUUAUAAAUUUAUAGCAAUUUUUGCUUAAAGAACCAGUUCCUUACCUACCUAUGAAUAAAUGCUUAAAAUGUCUAAUUUUGUUGUAGAGUGCAAAAAUAUAAUGAUGUUAAGUUAUAGCUUCACAGGCACCUAAUUAACGAGCAUAUUUAAUAAUACAUGGUGUAUUAGUGCGAAAAGCUAAACUUAAUUUAGGACUAGGCAGAUAAAGUUCUGUCCUUUUUUUCAUAGAGACUAAAGUUUAGUUUUGGAAACUGCAAAACCUUGAACUGGACUGUGGAACCUUUGAGUUUUAAACUUUAAAAAUCGGAAGCAAAACUGUGGUGUGAAAAGCCAUACUUCAAACCAUAAUCACUUAAACUGUCUCAGUGACAAAGGAGAUUUUUGAAGCCUCUUCUGACGAGGUCUCCUGAAGGUUAGAAAGAAAAUAAUUCUGCUGUUGCUACAGGCGAUGUGAGUAGGUUUGAGGGUAGUGGCAGAAAGCCCGUUUCAGGCCUUUCUCUCUCCCUCCUACAUUCAGCGUUUUGAUGAGCUCAGAGCACUGAAUUAUGAUGUAUGCAUAAACACUGCCAUUUUAGAUACAGACUUUGAUUACAGAAUAAACGAGUUCAGUAUAUAAAGCAUCCUAGAAAAGAGGCAAGCUGUACUUUUUUCACUGCUCUGAGUUGAAAAAGGCACUUUUGCACCUUUGUGCAUCUCCUUCUUGCACCAGAAACUUUUUUUUUUUUAAAUGCUAAAAACAUUAGCACCUCAGGGGCAAGGCAGCAAUUUUUAUUUUGAAAUAUUGUGUGCUAUUUAUUUCCCUCUUGGAAAAAGAUUCAUGUGUGACAAAAAUGAAAAUUGUGUGAUGUUAACAGAUGUAUUUUUAAAUACAUGUUCAAAUAGGAUGGUCCCGAUUUGCUUGUUUUUAAAAGGAAAUGACAUUUGUAAAGCUACUUUGCUUCGUAUGCCAUGCAACUUUGUUUUCCUUCUACAUUUGACAGCUUCACUGGCUACAGUUUCUGUGAGUUUUGUUAUAGUCAGAUUAAAUGUUUGGCUGAUCGUUCUGGGAGAAUACCUGUAACUGCUUUAUAGACAACUGUUCCAAAUAAUUCUCGCUAAUUCAGCAUUGAAAAUAUGUUCAAGACAGAGGCUUCUAAAACGUGCUUUAAACCAAUGUUGGAUGAACUAAAUGCAGUGACAUUAAGUAGGAUCCUAGGUUUGCAAGGCUUUGUAAAUCCUUUGUAUCCGUAGAGUCCCCGGUACUCGCGCUGGGGCAGAAAUGGAGCCUGAGCCUUUCAGCUGAGCUUGCUCUCAGCUGGCCCAGGAGCAGCACCACCACAGCCUUGAGGCACAGCCUUCUCUCAGUUAAACUUUGAGCUGGAGUCAGAAUUGGAGAGAGGAAUUUCAUCAGCUUGUGGUUAAACUGCUCUGAAGGUUGUGUCAGCGAGGUGCCUGGUGAAUACUGAGCAGCAGAUGAGUCAUGGUAGCACUUACCUUGAGAGUUCCUGCAGGUGCCAAAGCUGAGCUUUUCAACAUUUUCUUGUAGCAAACUGACUUCAAUGUCUAUUACAUUAUUUAUUGCAAAGCUGGUGCUGUCACUAUAUAGGUUCAUGUCUGAGCCAUUUUGCUCAGUUCAAGAGUUGGAAGCUUAAGAUGAUUUAACAAAAUUAGGGAUCGGUUUUCACUUCAGUUGAUUCCCUGAUAAGAAUCCCGCCUUAACUUUAUACACUGGGAUAGGAGACACUUCCUAUUGCAUUCCAUUUUUAGUAGUUUAUGGUCUAAGGAUAUGGUUUCAUGAUCUUAGGCCAAGACUAAACCAUUGCUCCUAGUUUUUCCCUACUGCCUUUUUUUUGUGCCAGUGCUUGUCCUUAAGUGGGUGUGCAGUUAGGAGAAAGAAAAAAACUGUACUCUUGAGCUGGGUAAAUUGAUAAUCCAGCUGUGGGGUGCUGGUGCUAGGGAAAAAUGGAGAGUGGGAGACAGGACUGAGAGCAAAGGAAUGCUUGCCUCACCCCUCCUGCCACAGUUUGGGAAACCACACCCAGAUAAAUGAUGGCCUGUGUAGGGAGCAUUGAAAUCUUUGCAGAUCUUUCCCCACUUCAGACAAACAUUCUGCUUUGAUAAAUGUUUCUUUUCUUUAAACUGGAACCAUCAAACUUUGGUCUCAAUGUCUUGUGUGUGAGUUCUGUGCUGACAACCUUCCUCUGUGUUCACAUUGUCUGGAGGUUUGGAGCUCUGUCCUGUGGGAGAGACAGCAUGGCUGCCACAAUUAGGUUAAUGAUAUGGUUGGUACAGCUUACCUUAGUUCAAUGUACAUCAGGAUUUCAUCAUGCCAAGAUGUUCAGCUCCAUCUCUACCUGCACCUUCUCAAAUGGCUUUUUGUGCACAAAUGACUUGGUGUGUUUCAAUUCCUUGGUAUUUUAAACUUGGCCAUGUCUGAAAGGGGCUAACCUUUAGGAAAGCCAGUGCCCUUUUCCUCAUCCUUUGGCAAAUACAGUAUUUGAUACAAACCUGAUGUACCUUGCAUAGGUUCAGAGACAGCAAAACUGUAGAGCUACAGGGCUGUACCUGACAUUCUUGUGUAGAAAAUGAAUUGUUACUUGGUGCCAAGCUUUACCAGCUAUGAAAAUAAUGUCUCCUAGAUAGUGAGUGUGGCUCCUUGUUACUACAACUACCUGUGUCUGAGGUGAUCAUACCUGAGCCUUUAUAGAUCAGUUCAGGGUGUAAACUCUCCAUCUGGCUGGAGAGGUUUUUUUGGCUCUCUAAGUGGUGAAAAGAGGCUCCAGAUGUGAACUUCCAGCAUGCUGUAGCACAAAAAAUGAAUGUGAUUCCUGCUAUAAGCUGUAAGAAAGGAGCGGAAUUUAAAAACAUCACUCUGUGGCUAAAUAAUUUUGACUGACCUGUUUGAAAUACUGAUCAGAGACUCCAAUCUUUUGUGAGCUUUUUCUCUGGAGUGCUUGCACAGUCUGCAGCUUUCUGCAUGACCCAGGUGUGCACAUCUGAAGCACUCUGUGGCCUUAUUUUGCUUAAUAACAUUGCUUUAUAAAUGAGGUAGCAGCCACCUGGGCUGUGGCACGUGUUCUCAGGAGGUCAGGAAGCCAUAGGAAAACUUGAAGCUUCUCUUUAGUAUCAUGGACCACUAAAUGCAUUCAAGUAGAAAAAAAAAAUAGAUGUUAAAAGUUGAGUUUACAUUGUCUCCUGUUGACAAUUUGUUUCUAGAAAAAUGACAACUAUUUCUAUCAUUUACUUAGUAUGUGAACAAAAAUGUCUGGAGCUUUAAUCCCCUGAUUGUGUCAGAGUUGUUGACUUGUAGUAACUUAGGCUUUGUGCAUAUUUCUCAUUUUCUCUGUGUUUUUGUUUGAUGUUCCUUUUGAGUAGCAGUAAUAGAGAUCUUUCUUUUCCCAUCUCUUGUACACAUUCUUCUUAAGUCUUUGCUUCCAGGCUAAGGGAACAGGAGUGAUAUUGAUGUCUUAGGAAAGUGUUUUGAGAGAGGCUUGCUUUAAAUGCAAUGACCACAAAACCCCCCCCAACUUUUGCACCACAAAAGUUGGGAAAGUGGGCUUAACUUAAAAAAAUGCCUUUUAUAGAACCAAGAAAAUCUGAAAGUGUCAAAAGUUGGGUAGAAGUGGGAUGACAGGUCAGAUUUCUAGAGUGGUUCAUGCAUAGCCAGAUUUUUACACAUCACUUGAACUGAUUCCUGCCCAAGUACUUUUUAAAAUAUCACUAGGCACCUGCUUUCUUCUUUUUUUAUUUUUUUUCUUUUUUUCCAAAAUGGGAAGAAUAAAAAAAUAGUCCUCACUACUGUGUGACCAGCCAUUUAUCUGAAGGGUGGGUGCUGUGUCAUGAGCACGACAUCAGCACUUCUCAGCUUGCUCAGUAACACUGAGGCAAAGCUGAAAUUCCUUUUUGCUUCCUUGCAGUGUUGGCUCUGAAGAGCUUGGUGGGAAUGUGGGGUUUUUCCAGGUGGACAGGACUCCCCAUGUGUGUUGUGAGGAGGCCUUUGGAGUUGAAGGAGCUGCCAUUAUUAUUUAUUUUGAGAAAUAAAUGGAAUAGUUUAUGGAAUAAUAAUAAAUGGAAUAAUACAUUUAGGAAUAAUGAGAAAACAGACUGGCAGGUCCUCAAACAUUCAAUAUUUUUAUUCUACUGAUGCCUGUAGAGUAAGGUCCAGAGUUUCAAUUCAGCUGUUUCUGAAUUCCAGCCAGUCUGAGCAGUGCAAAUACUGGGUACCCAAAGUCAUUUUCACUGUUAGGAUUUCAGGCUGGAUCACAAUAUUUCUGUUCACACUAUGGGGGAAAAUUAGAGUCAGAUAGGCUUGGGAAAAUCAGGCACAAACUUAACUUUACAUCCUGCUGAUGUUGAUGAAGCUUUUGCUCACAACAUACAAAUUCUGCACAUGUUGUUGGAGCCUUAACUAUUCCACUUCUCUUAGAAUGAAAAACAAAUGUAAUCUUAAUUCAGUUUAGGUUUUGAAAAAGCUUUUCAAAUCCAAACAGAAGACAGUGGUAAUGUUAAAGCAAAAUGUUUGGUUAAUCUAAGAUAAUUUCUUAAUUCUUUAAAUAUCUCAGAAUUUUUUUGCUUUUAAAACCUCAGAAGAGCACAAUUUAAGAGGUUUGAUCUUUGAUGCAGUGCUUUUAGCUGCAAACAAAUGAAAUCCAAAAUGGCAUAUCCAGGAUGGAAAGACAAUGAGACCUUGAGAAUGUAGGAAUAAAUGUCCUGAAUUUACAUAGAAUUAUAUCCAUGUCCAGUGAUGGACUCCUGAAAGGUUGGAACUAGAUGAUAUUUAAGGCUCUGCCAACCCAGAUCAUCCUAUGGACCAUUCUGUGAAAGGAUCUUUGACAGUGUUCAUAGGGGAACUUUUUAUUUUUGCUGAGUGAUGCCAGACUGAGACGUCUGCUGCAAUUUGGAAUUUCCAGCCCCUUAAAUUGGAAACUGGACAUUGCACACCAGAGUCCCCAGUGCUGGGAUGCUGUUACCUCAUGUUCCAUGGGUUAAUGCCCUACAGCCCAUGGGAGUUGGGGUUUCCCAGCCUGUUCUUGCUGAUGACCUUGGGCACCAAGAGUUAAAUUGUAUUUAUUAACCACAUCUAACUUUUCGGUGCCAGGAAUCCACUUUUUGGAGUAAGUGCUGAAUUAUGCAAAUGUUCUUGGCAAAUGGAGCCAGGUAUUUCACUGCUUGGAAAACUCAAUUACUCAUGACCAAGAGUUGAUAGGAGACAAAAGCUGAGGUUCUCCCAGCCAGGGAGUGCUGGAUAUCUGAAAAGUGUGAGCUUUGACUUCCAGGACCAGCUAUUUGAUAAAUCUUUAUAAGCAGAGAUUUUGGGUUCUAGCUCUGUCUUGUUCCUAAGACCACGUACAAACAUGCUGAAUUAGAGAGUUUUCACCUGUCUUCUCACAGAAUUGACUCCACACCGUACCAUAAGAGUCUCGUUUGUAGUGACAUGCUGUGCCUGUCUUUUUAGAAAAUUCAUGACCUCUUUAUAUCUAUUUUGUGGAAAGUGUAACUUUUUUCAUUGAUGACCUGUACAAAUGUGUGUUAUGAAUGGAGAGAUUUAAGCUUGAAAAGCAUGUUUGCAGAUUACACAGCUUCAUUAUGGAAUUUAUAAAUUUAACAGAGUAAUAUACAAGAGCAUAACUAUUUUCCUUAAGUAGAAUGUAUAACAAUAUAUAAUAAAUUAUUCUCCACGUAGUUCACCCACUAUUUACAGUUUUACACAAUUCAAACUGUGUGUUUACAGAAAGUUCAAUAAAUGUAUAUUUUGUACUAUGUACAGAUUCCUGGUCCCAAAGAAAAUGUGUGAACUUAGUUUCUAACUUAACUUUUGAGAUUGUACUUUUUUUUUUCUUCUUUUUUUUUCUUUUUUUUUUUUUUUGGUUUGGAAUCAGUUGAACAAACUGCGUUACGCCUGUCGAUGGUGGAGGCUUGCAUUGGAGUAAACGGGAAUUGGAAAUAUUUCUAAUCUACAAAAGUGAUUCCACUAAAUAAAACAGGCAAUUACA